UUUAGAAAAAAAAAAAAAAAACCAAAGCCUCAGAAAUUCCUUCUGCCUUCAGGUGCCAAAACAAAACAGAGAAAGCUUGUGGUUUAAGGCUGUAUUAGAGAGAGAGAGAGAGAGAGAGAGAGAGAGAGCUAUGGAUUUUGAGCUGAGGAGGGCGAGAGAGAAGCUGGAGAAGGAGCAGAAGGAGCGGAAGGAGAAGGCGAAGGCGAAAUUGGAUAGAGAAAGGAAGGCCAAGGCAGAGGCCAAGAAGCAAAGAGAAGCCAUUGAAGCUGCUCAGAGAUCCAGACGGCUCGAUGCAGCCGAGGCCCAACUCAAGGUUGAUCAACAAAUGCAAGAAAAUGUCCUUGCUGGGAGAGGAAUCAUAUUUUACCGUGUACUGGAAGGUGUACCUUAUCAGAGUGUUGGUGAUAAGAUCAAACUCCCUCCAUCCUGCUUCACUGAACUGUCUGAUCAAGGUGCUUUUGAUAAGGGACCCAUAUACUUCCAAUUAUCGGUAGUUCAUCAGGACGGUUUUGCAGAAAUGAAGGCCUCUGAUGAGGAAAAUUGUCGGACCACACAUUCAGGCGUUUUGGAGUUCACUGCAGAUGAAGGUUCUGUUGCACUUCCUCCUCAUGUAUGGCAUAAUUUAUUCCCAGGAGAAAGUCCUAAAACUCUGUUGAUCGAGGUCCGUUAUGUAUGGCUACCAAAAGGAACUUAUGCAAAGCUUCAACCAGAGAGGAUGGGCUUUUUAGAUUUACCAAAUCACAAGGCUAUCCUUGAAACAAGCCUUCGCCAGCAUGCUACCCUUUCUCAAGGUGACAUAUUGACAGUCAAUUAUGGGGAGCUAGCAUAUAAGCUACAGGUCCUUGAGUUAAAACCCUCAUCAAGCGUAUCUGUUCUAGAAACGGAUGUUGAGGUGGAUAUAGUUGGUCCUGAAUCAGCUUCUGAGAGGACAGAUGAGCAUGUCCUUAACCCUCUAGUGCUUGGAAAGUUGGAAUCUGGAAAGGUUGAUGAAGGCAAUUAUAUAUACUACAAGUUCUCGAUAGACAACGAUGCGUGGGAGAAAAUUGAUACAGGGGAUGCCAUGGUUGAGGUAAAAAUAGAAGGAGAAGCAGAUGGAGGUGAUACUGAUCUUUACAUUUCCAGGCAUCCUCUCAUAUUCCCAACCCGACACCAGCAUGAAUGGUCUUCCCAUGAUAUCGGUUCGAAGGCUUUGAUCCUUACCUCUAAAGGUAAGAGCUUGGGAGCAGGUACUUAUAGUAUUGGUGUAUAUGGCUUCAAAGGAACAAGUAAGUACCAAAUUUCUGUGAGUGUUCAGGAUGACAGCAAGCGUAAGGUGGGUCAACGGGCUGCAUCUUCCUCAUCGCCUAUGGAGAUGGAUGCUGUAGAGUGUAGGAAUUGCAAGCAUUACAUACCCAGCCGGAGUAUUGCACUGCAUGAAGCCUAUUGUAGCAGGCACAACGUUGUUUGUCUGCAUGCUGGGUGUGGCGUUGUUCUUAGGGUUGAGGAGGCCAAAAACCAUAUGCACUGUGACAAAUGUGGGCAAGCUUCUCAUCGGGGAGAGAUGGAGAAGCAUAUGAAAGUGUUCCAUGAGCCACUCCACUGCUCAUGUGGGAUAGUCCUUGAGAAAGAAGAGAUGGUGCAACACCAAGCUUCAGUUUGCCCGCUACGCCUGAUCGCGUGUCGGUUUUGUGGAGACAUGGUUCAAGCCGGAAGUUCUCCGAUGGAUGUUCGGGACAGAUUAAGAGGAUUAUCUGAGCAUGAGAGCCUUUGUGGGUCAAGGACUGCCCCAUGUGAUUCAUGUGGGCGUGCAGUCAUGUUGAAGGAAAUGGAUAUCCACCUGAUUGCUGUUCAUCAAAAGAGCUAAAGCCAAAUGCAACUUCCCUGUAUUUAUACAUGUAGUCAUGUAGAUAGGGCCAGUUUGCAUGGAUAUAUGUCCAUGUUACCAACAGGAGAGCUCUGGCCGAAAAAGGAAAAGGACUAAAUUUGCAUGUAAAAAGGAGGGGAGGGGUUAAAUCUGCAUGUAUUGUGCAGCUUGUAAUAACAUAUCUGGGUGAUUGAGUAUUUGUGCAUGUGAAUAAUGCAUCAUUAAUGUAUUUUCUGAUAAAUAUUUAAAAGAAAUUCCAAUCUAGAAUAAGGAACAUGCUUCUUUGUUUCUUCUCACUUUA